AUGGAAAAUAUGUUAUAUAUAAUUAUAGAAGGAGGAUUAAAAAGUUUAAUAGUCAUUAUUGGAUUAUUAAUUGGAGUUGCAUUUGCAACAUUAUUAGAAAGAAAAGUAAUGGCAGCAAUGCAAAAACGAAGAGGACCAAAUGUAGUAGGGUUUGUAGGAUUAUUACAACCUUUAGCCGAUGGAUUAAAAUUAGUAUUAAAAGAAACAAUUAUACCAAUUGUAGCUGAUAAAUUAAUUUAUGCAAUAGCACCAAUAUUAACAUUUACAAUAAGUAUUGUAUUAUGGAGUGUAAUUGCAGUAGGAGUACAAAGUGUAUUUGCAAGUAUUAAUAGUGGAGUGAUAUUUAUUUUAGCAAUAUCAUCGAUAGGAGUUUAUGGAAUAAUAUUAGCAGGAUGGGCAAGUAAUUCAAAAUAUGCCUUUUUAGGAGGAUUACGAUCAGCAGCGCAAAUGGUUUCAUAUGAAGUAGCAUUAGGAUUAAUUAUAUUAAGUAUAAUAACUUACGCAGGAACAGUAAAUCUGCAAGAAAUAAUGGAAAAUCAAGAAAAAGUAUGGUUUAUAAUACCAUUAUUGCCAGGAUUUUUAUUAGCAUUUAUUAGUGCUUUAACGGAGACAAAUAGACCACCUUUUGAUUUACCAGAAGCAGAAGCAGAACUUGUUUCAGGAUAUAAUGUUGAAUAUUCAUCAACAGGAUUUGCAUUAUUUUUCUUAGGUGAAUAUGCAAAUAUAAUACUAAUGAGUGUAUUAUUAUCAGUUUUUUUUUUAGGUGGAAUUGUAAGUAAUAAAAUUCUAGGAGCAAUGAAAGGAGUUGGUAUGUUAUGUAGUUUUAUUUGGGUAAGAGCAACUUUACCAAGAUAUAGAUAUGAUCAAUUAAUGUAUUUAGGUUGGAAAUCCUUAUUGCCUUUUGCAUUAUUAAUUUAUAUAGGUGUAAUUAGUAUGGUUUUAAUAAUUAAAUAA